UUCAGUUCUAUCGUUUCAACCUACCGGCGCGCGUUAACACAUUGUUCUAUUUCCAUGGGUGUGAAGGACAGGGAAUCAUACGACACAACCGCCUGCUGCGCGCAGGCAGUGAUAGUCACGGUGAAAAGCUAUGAUCAUGCUCGCUUUUAAUGAUCAGAUAACUCUUGCACGUGCUUUCAUAUCUGGCUGUCUCAGUUCCAGAAUUAAUACAAGAUUACGCUUUGCUCAGACUUAAGUGACUUGAUCAUAAACACAACUGACAUAGUAUAGUUUUGCCAUCAAUAGUUGCGGACUCCUCGUAAAAUGCAGCUGAAAGGCAUAUUUUUACUCCUGUCUUUAGGAGCGUUCACCUCUUAUUAUGUUUACCAGCCCAUUCCAGACAAGAUAGAGGAGAGAUGGAAACUCAUGUUGACCGACUGCUUCUUCAGAAGUCUCAGCCACCUGGCAGACUUCAGUGAGCUGCUGGGGUUGAAGGACUACAUGGGGGUGAUGAUGUUCAUCACUUUCGCUGAGCGGGUGGUGCCCGUGUCAGACCAACGUGUGCACGUCACAGAGGAGCUGUUUGAUGGGGUGGAGGUGGUGGUGUACCAGCCCAAACUGCAGGGCGGCGACACUGAGCUGAGGAGAGCAGUCAUAUACCUGCAUGGAGGAGGAUGGUGCUUGGGCAGCGCCAGAAUGGGACCGUACGACCUCCUAGCUAGGCAGAUGGUCAUUGAUCUUAACUCUGUGGUCGUGUCUGUAGAGUACCGCCUGGCCCCAGAGCACCACUUCCCUGUCCCAUAUGAGGAUGUGUACCGGGUGGUGAAGCACUUCCUCCAGAGGGUGGUUCUGGCCCAGUACACUGUAGACCCAGGACGUAUCGCUGUGUCCGGGGACAGCGCCGGGGGAAACCUGGCUGCUGCCGUGUCCCAGCAGCUGCAGCAGGAUCCAGAACAGCAGCUGCAGCUGAAGGUCCAGGCCCUGCUCUACCCUGUGCUGCAGGCUCUGGACCUCAAUACCCCGUCCUACCAGCAGAACCAGAACAUGCCUAUCCUGCCCCGUACCCUAAUGGUGCGCUUCUGGAGCGAGUACUUCACCAGCGACAAGACCUUCUUCAGGGCCAUGAUGACCAACACUCACAACAGCCCAGAGUCUGCUGCUCUGCUCAAAUUCGUCAACUGGAGUGCCUUUCUGCCAGAGUCCUACCGGGGCAAGUAUAACUACAGCGCUCCGGUUGUGCCGUUGUCGGCUGGAGGGGCAGGGUCGGACGGGCCAUCGCGCUCCAUCGCUGACCCCCGGGCCUCGCCCCUUCUGGUUCCAGACGCUGCUUUACGCUCGCUACCCAAGGCCUACGUUCUGACGUGUGAGUACGACGUGCUGCGGGACGACGGGGUGAUGUAUGUCGCGCGCCUGCGCCGUGCCGGUGUGGAGGUGACACAUGAACACUACGCCAGUGGUUUCCACGGCGCCCUCAUGUUCACUGUGUGGCCAACCGACUUCCUGAUUGGACGCACGAUGACGGAAAACUUCAUCAAAUGGCUGCAGCAUAACUUGUAGAAAACAGAAGAAAAGUUACGAUCUUUCAAUGUUCAUUCCUGUUUCCCCUAGCAACUCAAUAGCCGUUGUUUAGGUGCUGCUUAGAUUUUUGUCUGUUUGGUUGUUUAUUCAGUGACAGACAGUGUUUUUGUUUAUGCUUGCAAACUGAGGGGUUUUCCUCUCUAUGGCACUGUGUCCCAACAACAAUACCAGAUACCAGUCAAAAACAGGUUUGUCUGGAUUUUCUAAUCACCAAGGCAACCAAUGAGGCAGAACAUGAGGCUAAGCAACUGAUACCAGAUACAAGACAUUUGAUGAAGCCAAGUGUUUCUACAUUUGAUUUCUGACACAUCCAUCUGAUACCGCAGCUGAUUCUCAUCACAUUUCAAAGUGUUUAAGGUUAAGUUUUGUCAUUAACUUCCUGGUGGCGUGAUGCUUGCAACACCCGGGUUGUGUGUUUGAUUACUAUGGGGGACCAGUAUUAAAAUGUAUGUGUUCAUUACUUCAUUACUGUUUAUUACUUAACUGUAAGUUGCUCUGGAUAAAAGCAUCUGCUAAAAUAAUAGAACAUAUAACAUUCAAAAAAAUCUACAUCUUAAGGUCGUUGACUCCUAAGGUUUAGGCUUAAAACGAACAUUUCUAAAACAACUAUCUAUCAUGGGAUUCAAAGUUGCAACCUUUGGAAUCAGAAGCAGAUGCCUGUGCCCAUCGGGGCGGCAGGGUAGUCUAGUGGUUAGAGCGUUGGACUAGUAACCGAAAGGUUGCAAGUUCAAAUCCCCGAGCUGAAAAGGUACAAAAUCUGUCGUUCUGCCCCUGAACAGGCAGUUAACCCACUCUUCCUAGGCCGUCAUUGAAAAUAAGAAUUUGUUCUUAACUGACUUGCCUAGUUAAAUAAAAGUAAAAUAUAAAAUUUAAAAAAAUAAAAAAAUCUGCAGUCCCUGUCCGAAAAACUGAAACCUACUUGAAGGUAACAUGUUGGCCCGAGUGGCCAGUGUCCGGUUUCCACGAAUACUCACUUGUCAUUUAGUUGUGUAAAGUACUUCAGUAAAAAUGCUCUAAAGUACUAUCUAAGUAGUUUUUUUCAGAACUUUUACUUUUACUUCACUACAUUCCUAAGGAAAAUAAUGUGCUUUUUACUGCAUACAUUUUCCCUGACACCCAAAAGUACUCAUUACAUUUUGAAUGACUAGCAAGACAGGAAAAUGGUCCAAUUCACACACUUAUCAAGAGAACAUCCCUGGUCAUCCCUACUGCUUCUGAUCUGGCGUAUUCACUUAAACACAAAUGCAUCGUUUGUAAAUGACGUCUGAGUAUUGGAUUGGUCCCCUGGCUAUCCAUAAAAUAAAUAAAAUGACAAGAAAAUUGUGUUGUUUUCUUUGCUUAAUAAAAUAGUGAAAAAGACUAAAAGCAUUUGGUUUUAAAUAUACUUAAGUAUAAAACGUAAAUGUAUUGCUAAAAUAUACUUAAGUAUCAAAAGUAAAUGUAUAAAUCAUUUAAAUUUCCUAAAAUGAUUUAUAAUUUAACUUUUGAUACCUAAGUAUAUUUUUGCAAUAAAUUUACGUUUUAUACUUAAGUAUAUUUAAAACCAAAUACUUUUAGACUUUUUCUCAAGGAGUACUUUACUAUUUUACUGUCACUUUUAAUUGAGUCAUUUUCUAGUAAGGUAUCUUUACUUUUACUCAUGCUAUUAUUGAGGACCAGUAAAGAGUACUUGUGUUCUUCAGUUUAGUUGUCAUCCCAUACAGGCACUGUAGGCCCAGUCAUCAUGUGUGGUGUACUGAGCCUCUUCACGUGUCUCCCCACCCACCCACCCAACACCUCUCUCUCUCUCUCUCUCUCUCUCUCUCUCUCUCUCUCUCUCUCUCUCUCUCUCUCUCUCUCUCUCUCUCUCUCUCUCUCUGGGUCUUAAUCCACCUGCCUUGUGACAUGGAAGGACAAACAUGAGGAGGGGAGGGGCAAUGGGUCUCCCUAUGUUUCCUUAGAGAGCCUCCCCAGCUCAGCUGACACCCCUCACCACCAUUUGCAGAUUUGUUAUGUUGUUGGGGAAAUAUAGCUCAGUGUUCAUUAUCAUGGGAUUAGCGUUUUUCUGAGAAAGUGUUUUGAUGGCUUUGAUGACUGAUAAUCUAAUCUAUUUCAUUUUUGUUUCAGUAUUCUCCUUACAAAUCCUUGUAAAUAUCAUGGCCUGUUGUUUUUCAUGUGAAAUACAGAGAAUUGAAGACAUGCAUCAUUUUGUUAUGUUUUCUCACAAUAAAAUGAACCCACAUUUGA